AACCAAAUGUUCGAUACAAUAACAAUUCAGUUACGUCGUCUUCUCCCAGAAAUGAAGAAGAUACAAUGGAUAUUCAUCAUGUUUCUAGUUGCUUUAUAUUGGCAAAAAGCUGCACCGUUUGACUUUGUAUACGAACCUACUUGGAAUCCCGAAGACUUUUGUUUCUAUGAAGAAAUAGAGAGAGGAGGUGUUUUAACUGGCAAUUUUCACGUGUUGGAUCCCGAAGAUUCUCGUAUAGAUGUGGAGUUGUUUAAAGUGAAUCCUCAAGGACCUCCCGAGUUGAAGUGGGAUUCAAGAGGUGUCCAACGAGGUCGCAUAUCUUAUAAAGCGGAAGAGGGUGGCUCAUACAAGGUUUGUUUUCGUAGUGGAGAUAUUACAACGAGUCGUUUAGUCAGUUAUGUGGCGAAAACUGGGUUUGAAGGCACGGUAGAAGUGGAAGCUAUGAAUGCUUUACAAGUUGGACAAAUCGAGAAAACUUAUGAAGGACUUACUAGUUUACAGCGUGAAUUGGAUAGUGCGUUGGCUAGUCAAUAUUACUUGAGAACUCGUCUAUUGAGACAUGAAAAGACUAUUAUUUCUACCAACAGAGCAGUUUUGGUGUUUUUGUUGCUCAAAACGUUAUUUGUUGCUUCACUGGUCGCUGUAAAAUUGUAUUUUGUGAAGCGCUUAUUUGAUGAUCCGAAGAGAAUUCGUAUGCGUGUUUAAAGUAGUUGAUUUCAAUCAUGUGGUGUUUUGGUAACCUAUUUGUGUUUUUCAUAGUUUUGGAAUGUGGAUAUGGAAUAAAAGAUAUGUUUUGGAAAGAUGAGAGAUUGGUUUUCAUGUGG